GGCACUCAAAGACAGUGAUAUGAUUAAGAACCAAACAAGCAGAGAACCUUUCUAAGUUCACUUACAUUUACUGCUGUUAGCACAGACUACUACUUCUCCAGUUACCCUUCUACACAAUUGUCUGCCCAUCCUUCUACUAAUUAAUCAAAAUCCUUCAUUUCUGGCCAAUAUGUCUUCCUGAAUAUGAAUAAGAAAUAAAAUACCACUUGAUGUUUAAAAUUAUGGGGGCAAUCUUAAUGACGGAAAUAGAUGACAGGGAGGAGAAGAAAGUGCCUGAUGAUGUAUAUUCAUGAAGAUGUCAAAGGUUUAUAAAGCCAAUAUCUGCGGAUGAGAAAGAUGUGGUUCUCUCAGGCCUUCUUUGGUGAAGGGUGCUCUCAGCAAUAAUCACCGCCAUGAACAGCCAAGGGUCAGAUCGAAAAGGGACACUCCUGCUGCUUGUGAUGUCUAACCUGCUGUUCUGCCAAAACGUGCACCCCCUGCCAAUCUGUCACAAUGGGAACUGCCAGAUGACUCUCCAGGAGCUGUUUGACCGGGUGAUCAUGCUCUCUCACUAUGUCUAUAUGAUGUCUGCAGAUAUGUUCAUUGAAUUUGAAAAGCGGUAUGCUCAAGACCAUGAGUUUAUUGCCAAAGCCAUCAAUGACUGCCCCACUUCUUCCCUGGCUACCCCGGAAGACAAGGAAGAAGCCCAGCAGGUCCCUCCGGAAGUCCUUCUGAACCUGAUACUUAGUUUGGUGCACUCCUGGAACGGCCCUCUGUUUCAACUAGUAACUGAAGUAGAUGGUAUUCAUGAAGCCUCUGAUGCUAUCAUAUCAAGAGCCAAAGAGAUUGGGGAACAAAACAAGCGCCUUCUAGAGGGAAUUGAGAAGAUACUUAGCCAGGCCUAUCCUGAAGCCAAAGGAAAUGAGAUCUACUCCGUUUGGUCGCAGUUUCCAUCCCUGCAGGGAAUUGAUGAAGAAUCCAGAGAUUUGGCUCUUUACAACAAGAUCCGCUGCCUGCGCAGGGAUUCCCAUAAGGUUGAUAAUUAUCUCAAGCUCCUGAGAUGCAGAAUUGUCCAUAACAACAACUGCUAAGCCCACAUUCAUUCCAUGUACUUCUGAGAUGGUUCUUAAGUUUAGUUCUUCAAAACUUCUACUAGUACUAUGGCUUUCAGUGCAUGCUUGGGUGCAUGGGUCUCUUCUUAAAGAAUAAAAACAAACUUUUUGAAAAUGUUGAAGUCUGAAAA